UAGACGCCGAGAGUUGUCUCCGCUGCUCGCUGCAUCAUAAACACCGCGUGUGUACCUCCCUCGUGUGCUCACACUUGGGGUCGUUCGUUGUCGCCCCUCAACCAACAACACCAACACACUUGGGGUAUUUCUCUUUUUAUUCCUUCUCCCUGGAACUGUCUUGUGUCGGCGGCUGAGUUGCUGGGUCUGACUGCCAUUACGUCCGCCGUAGAAGGCAAUGAUAUCAUCAAAACUCUUAAGCUUCUCACCAACUGGUGAGAAGCUUGCACACAGUGGCCCAGAUGGGAUCUUAAGGAUCUGGAAUACAAUCUCCGGAAUUUUAGAGCACGAGUACAAGCCAGCCGAGCAUCUCACAGCCACCAUUUCAUGUAUCCAGUAUUCUCCCCAGACAAAGAUAAACAUGAAAAAGAAGAAAACAGUGAAAAAGAAAACGGGGAAGAAGAAAACUUUAGAAGCUGAUGAAGAAGCUAGUCUCUUAGCCCUUGGAACACAAGCUGGAAUUCUCCACCUCUACUGCCCUGAAAAGAGAGAGAUUGUUGCUACUCUGGAUCAUGCUGCACCCCAUGCGCUGUUAGACGUUGUCUGGUUCAGCACUGAAAGGCUCUUCUCUUUAGCAGCCAAUAAUACCCUAGUAGAAUGGAAUAUACCUUCAGGAGAAAAACUAGUAUCUGUGGAUGUGAAAGGCGGAAGCACUGUUUGUGUAUUAAAUGGGAAAACAGUUUGUGUGGCUAAACGUGAAAUUGAAGUUUUACACAUAUUUAGAAAAAGUGGUGAUGCUAAAUUGAAGACUACAUACACAGGCCACAGUUCCUUAGUGAUGCAGCUCCUACCUCUUACAGUUUAUGAUGGACCCACAAGAUACUUUCUCUCUUCAUCACAAGAUGACCGAUUCAUUUAUGUCUGGGAUUUGUCAAGUGAGAAUAAUGAACCUGCUGGCAGUUUUAUGGUAAAAGAAGUCAUAAGUACAGUAGCGGUAUCACAAUUCAAAGAAGACACUGUAACGCUCGCUGCAACUACACGAACUGGCACCCUUGUUCUCUUUACACAGCACCUCAAUGGGAAUUCAGGCAGGGCAGCAAUUAAAAGUGUUGGAAAGUUGCGCAUUGUUACUGAAGAUAAUACCCAAAAGACGACUAUUCCAAUAAUAUCAUCCUUCUUUUGUAAUGAUGAUUCAUCUAGUAUCAUCAUUGUUUAUGGGCAGUCAUUCAUCCUCAAAUUUGAAAAAAUGCCAAUUUCAGAUAUAUCAGGAGACAAAGAAUUAAUUCGCACAUCCCCAUCAGUAUCAACCACCAGAAGUAAAACAAAGUUAAAGAAGACAAUAACACCCAUAGUGACAAGAGAUGCUGUUAUAAGAGGUCCAGGCCACCUUACUAUUCAGCCAGAAAGUGGAUUGAAAAGAAAACAUGAUGAUGCAAGCGGCACAGCAUCCUUACCAAUGGAAGAAAGACUCAAUGCACUAGCAAUAGAUAAAACUACAGUAGGAAAUGCUAUACUACCGCCAAAGGCUGAUAAUCUGGCACAUCUACUGCUGCAGGGUUUGCACAGUAAGGACCAGCGUAUACUUCAGGGUGUUUUAGAUCGUGGAGAUGAGGAAACUAUCAAUAAUACUGUGCGAAGACUACCUAUACCAGCUGUAGUGCCACUUUUAAAACAAUUGCAGUCAGUCAUAAUGGGCAAGGGCCAGAAAAAUUUUGGGUAUGUGAGAUGGGUUAGGUCUAUUUUAUACCACCACAUGAGUCAUUUAACAACACUUCCCAAUCGAGAGGAGCUAAUGCAACCAUUCUACGCAGUCUCUUUAUCAAGAAUGUCUACACUUCACCAAGUGACUCAGUUACAUGCACGACUGGAUCUCAUGCUGACACAUGUAACAACAAGGCACCAAGAAAUCAAGCAAUCUUCUGUAGAACCAGAAGCUCUUCUAGUAUACAGAGAAGAAUCAUCAGAUGAAGACGACAUGUUGGAAACCACUUUUGGAGUUUCGGAAUCUGAGGACAAUUGGGAAGAAUUUUCAGACAUUGGUGAGGUUAAUGGACACACAGAUGAGGACUCAGAUAUGGAGGUGGAUCAACAAAUCAGUUCAGUUAAAAGAAGACUUGACGAGGAGGAGGAGGAGGUGGUGCAUGAAGUAGUCAGUGAGAGUGAAGAGGAAGAUGGUGAUAGUGACAUUAUUGUAGAAGAAAGUGAUAGUGAUUAAAUCUUGAAAGGGUGCUAUGUGAUGAUAGUUUUGUUACGUGUCGGUAUAAGGCAGCAACAUAGUGGGGGGGGGGGUGAAUGUACGUAGGUGUACAUUCAUAUUUAUGCACUGCUGUCAAUUGAGUUUUUUGUAUAAAUGAGCUUUUUAGCCGCAAGUCCUUUUUAUCUGGCUCGCAGAACCAGACUCGCAAUGUUAACUCCACAUAAAGUAAUAUUUCAAGUAAGUGCCAAUGCUCAUAUUGGUACUGAACAUUUCAAUUCUACUGGUUUGAGCACUACAUACAUACAUACAUAUAUACAUAUAUAUAUAUAUAUAUAUAUAUAUAUAUAUAUAUAUAUAUAUAUAUAUAUAUAUAUAUAUAUAUAUAUAUAUAUAUAUAUAUAUAUUAUCAGAAUUGAGACUUUAGUGAAUUCUUCAUCAGUAUUGGAAUCACUAGAAAGUUUAAUAUUGUCCCAUCACUAAUAAAUAUAUGAUUCAUCAUAUAUAUAUAUAUAUAUAUAUAUAUAAAUAUAUAUAUAUAUAUAUAUAUAUAUAUAUAUAUAUAUAUAUAUAUAUUAUAAUAUUUAUUUGCCAUAUGAUUUCUAGUUAAUGAUGACUAAAUUAUAGGCUGUGGGAACAAGGGUUUUAAGAAACUAUAAACAAAAUUGACAUUCACCAAAAUGAGAUGCUACUUAUUAGACGUCAUGCAAUACCAACAUUAUUACCAAGUAGAAAAAGGUAUUACAGUACUAGGCAAAAUAUUUGGUAUAUUACAGCUCGGGAAGUUUUCAUAUUGAGAGCUUGAAUAUUAUUUGUUAUGUUAUUGAAUUAAUGUAUUAAAAUUCAGAAAUUAAAAUAUUUUCUGUAUAUUUUAUGCUAAUUUUAGAAAAUGUUUGUAUAUUUACAAAGAAAAUAUGGUUUUGAAAUGGCAGUAUUUGUUGGCCUAUUCACUUGCAUUUUAGAUUUUCCACCACAUGUCUGCCGCAUUUAGGUAUGGCUUUAACAUCAUUGACCGCGCCAUAUCAUCAAUGUAAUAUUUCAAUACUGUACGUGCAAGCUCAUGUUAUCUACAGUUAGGUAUAACAGCAUUCGUUUUUAUCCUAAAGUUUAGGUUUGGGACAGUAAACAUUUUGUUGAUAUAUGAUGAUAAACUUUAACAUAAAGCAUAUGUUUUACUGUGGUUAAAUCUUCCUGGUUAACUGUGCUUAAUGAACACAAAAUGUGUACCAGGUACUACAUGUGGUCGGACUAUGUACUAAUGCUCUACCUCUACCAUGAUCACUUAUGCACGAGCAUAUCCUCAUGCUUGAAAUAUUCAACUUUUUUAAACAAGUGAGAUAUCAAGAAAUAUAACUACAAAAAAAGUGAUUUAAAAAUGGUGAAAUUUGUGCUGCAUAGAAAUUGUCGGAAGCUUUAAAUCAAAUACUGAUUGAGGGCUGUAAAUAUUAUUUUUUGUGUGUUAACUAUGGUAAAAUAGUUUAUACAGUUAUUCUUACUUUUACUGUAAUUCCAUUUAUUGAUAGCGUGUGACAAUCAUUAAAUAAGCUAAAGCACUGUGGAAAAAUACCCGACAGACCACUGGAACAUUAUCUAACACAGUGCACUGUUACAAACCCAUUAAGAUUUCAACUUAGAUUCAACAGAGCAGAAGAAGUUAUUAAACACACAUGGCAAAAUCUUACUGAAGUGACCAUACGAGUCAUAAAUACUCAUACUCCGCCCAAGUAAAACAGAAACAAGCAACAUUUAGUGGGCCAGCCAGAGGCUUAGGGCCCGUGCAGGAAUAUCCCUGAAAAAAAAAUAAAGCUAAUGAUAGCAACUUAUCCAAGCACAUUGAAAACUUGAUUUUGCCAUUACUUUUUGUAUGACCAUUAGAAGCUAAGCAUUGCUAACUAACAAUCUUAUAUCACUUGUAUUAUGGACUCAAAAAGAUUGAGGUCUUCCAAAAAGACUUCUCUAGUUAAAGAGGAAGGGAACUCAGAAGAAAAUUCCAAGCCAUUACAACUAUAUAGUUUCUCAACAUGGAGCGAAUACACGACUAAACAAUAUACACAUACUGGACUGUAUCCAAAUGACUCGUCUGAAAUUCAGAUCAAAGUAUACCAGUUACUAAUGAAGUGCUGGCAUAGUAUUUUUAAAUUUGUUGACCAAAUAUGCCUUUAUAUGAUGAUUAUAUACCUAGUAAUCUACUAACUCUUUUGAACUCCUUGAUAGGGGGGAUGUGAACAUCAAUUUGUUCUGCCCCAACUGAACCAUCCUCUUCUGCUGCUCGCUGAGCACCACAAAUGUGCAAGGUGCCACUGAGUUUGCAAAAAUAUAUUUACUGGGUAUAUUUCUGCCAUGCACAGCUAUUUAUGGUCAUAAAGACCUUAUAUUUUUAUAUGUAAAUGUGUAUAAAAUGCCUGAUCGACAUUGCUGUAGGAAAUAGCUCCCUGAAUAAUGUUUAUUCAAUAAAUGUUGAAAAUUAA